AUGAACUUUGGAGCCCUGACAAAUCAAGUUGGAGGACAGGUUCAAAUUGUUGGAACAUCAUUAACCAACUUGGUAUUAACUCACCAACUGUCUUUUUUCAAUGAAGGAUCGUACUCUGUCACAAAUACGGGCCAGUUGUAUUUACUGCUGGGAGUAGUGAGUACUGAAGCAUUCACCAACUAUGGAACAUUUCAGGUCAGUUCCGAUACAUUUGUUUCAAUGUCCUAUAGCAAGCCGAUAAUUAAUUACGGAUUUAUAAGUUUCCUGAGUCCUCUAAGAGGUGCUUAUUCAUUUUACGGUCCAAGUGUUAAUUAUGGAAUUAUUACCACUUCAUCAACCGCUUCUAAUGACUUACUUACUUUGACGACCUUUGAGAAUAAUGGAUAUAUUCGCCACAGCUUUGGGCUGCAUCCUUUGUCAGGGUUUUCUAUGAAUGGAGUCUUGACAAACAACGGUAUUAUAAAUGUUUAUGGAAAAACUGGACGUACACCUAUGGUUCAGAGAGCCUCAACUAAUUUGUAUAACAAUGGUGCAUUUUGUAUCCAGCAUGCUUCUCUCACGCACAAUGCUCCUGUGAUUGGAACUGGAUGUUGGUCACUUUCUGCCCUAUCAAACUUGAAUCUUCAACUUCUGUUCGAGUUCGACCAAAAUCAGGUGAUUGUCUUGGCGGAUUCUACAGCUGCAAUCAACUUGAAGACCAUGCCAACCAGCUCAUCACGUUAUUCUGUAUACGGAGUUAAAAGUGGUAUGUCAUUCAUCACCUCCACCUCUAGCAUUGUCAAAGUAGCGACGUAUGACGCCUCUACCGGCUACUUGACUGUCCUGUCUACGACAGCAUCUAUUAUUUUUGAUGUUGGCUUAGGAUACGACCCUUUGGGAUUCUCCGUAUAUGUGGGAGUUGUAAAAUAUGUUGGAACAGAUCCAGUCGCAAGGGAUGUUCCGUCUAUUUGUGCUUGUGAGCCAGAGUCGUCAUCUUCUGCGCUUUCGCUGUCUGAAAACUAUAGUUCAUCAACCAGUUCAAGGGGGGAAACUUCUUCUGAGAGCUUCUCGGAUAGCUCUUCCAACUUUUUUCACGAUACCUCCUCAAACACUUUAUCAGAAAAUUCUGCAAGAACUUCUUUUGAAAGUGUAACAAUCUCUUCUUCAGAAAAUUUAAAAAGUUCUGAACAAGACCAGUCUGGAACUUCUCUAAGUGUCUCAAACUCACAAGACAAUUCUUUUAAAACUUACCAUACGGCGAUCUCCUUAGAAAGUUCUUCUGAAAGCAUAACCUUUAGCCUUAAUGAAAGCUCUUACUCAGAUUCGGCAGAAAUAUCUUCUCGAUUUUCUACUGGUGCAGUUUACACCAAAAGUUCUUCAGAAGCUAUCACAGAACAAUCAUCUCAAAAUGAUUCUGCUACGACACCAAUUGACUAUUUCGAAGUUACAUCAGAAUCCUCAUCAAUGAUUGAGUCUUCCGACCACCUAUCUCAAAGUGCGAGAAAAAGUUUAUCUGUUGUAUCAUCAGAAGAUUCCUUUGAGGGUAUUCCCGAAGCUUUUACCAGAAGUUCCUCAAGAUGGAACUCUGAAAUCACGCUGCAGAGCUCUUUGGAAAGUGUACCAGGCAGUACAUCUGAGAGUACAUCUGAGAGUACAUCUGAGAGUACAUCUGAGAGUAUAUCUGAGAGUACAUUAGGUAUCUUGACCUCUUCAGAAAACCACUCAAGAAGUUCUAAUAUUAGUUCUGAAGCAUCUACUGACAACUCUCUUGAGAGCUCGACGGAGGAUAGUCAUUCGUCUAAACCAUUCUUUGAAAGUUUGACGGACAGUAUAUCGGUCAGCUUCCAUGAAAGCUUCCUUGAAACUUCUCUGAAAAUCUCUCUUUUCAUUCCAUCAGAGCUUUUAUCGGCAUCGUCUGAAGUUUCUUCUAGAAGCGGGUCAGAAAUCUCGUUCACAGCCACUUUGGAGACCACCUCGAAGACCCCUUCCGACAAGAAAUCAGAAAGUGCUUCAACAAGUUUUGAAGAGACCUUUAAGACUUAUGAAGAAAGUUCAUUGGAUUCCACGCACGGAUUAUCGGAAACUUUAACUCAAAGUCUUCAACAAGAAACUUCAAAUUGUCUAUUGAUAAUUUCCUCUGAAACUGAUUCUCAAAUAUCAAGUGAGAGAGUUUCCGAGAGCAAUGCGGAGAAUAAGAGCUCUGUUGUAACCCAGACUGAAGAAAGUAUCUUUCUGCUGAUAUUGAAUUCUGGCUCCGUUACCCUGGGAAUUUCAGACUCUUCUAGUUUAUUUGAGAUCAAAUCUCAGUUUCUGGUAUACCUGACUUCCUCAGGUGAUAUUGGAACUUCUUUGUCUGUUGACAUUUCUAGAGAAUUUUCAGAGACUAAACUCUCUGAGAAAUCUUUGACGACGACCUUGGUAGCGUUAGAAGCGUCUAAUAGUUUGAAUCUCGGCAUAUCCUCGCAAGACUCACAAUCAGAAAUUGAAGAGACAAGUCAAAGCUCCUCAGACUUCCAAUCAAAUCUGGCAUCUGACAGCAAUUCGUUGACAAAUUCCAAUUCUCAAUCAAAACUCAAGUAUCUGUCAGAACCAGACUCAACUGCAAGUUGGAAGUCAUCAAAAUUUACGGAUUCUCAUUCCCAGUCUCUUACAGCAUUCUCUGAACAAAUACUGAAUUCGUCAUCAUGGUAUGCCUCUCAAACUUCGACAAAUUUAAGUGGAACUUCAACCGGAUUUGAAAGCUCGUCACUGCUUGUCAGGACAAUUUUUUCCCAGGCUGAUUCUAAUUCUUGGAUCCCAACUACUGAUGCUGCUUCUGAGUAUGCUUCAGCCACAAAGUCAUCACUGAUGUCAAUUUCAGAAUCAAUUUGGGUUGAAAAUGAUUUCACUCCAAGUUCUUUCUUUCAGUCUAGCAGUGUGUUGAGUGUGGAAUCAAUAAUAUCAUACCACACGUCAGAUGCAGCAGAAAGUCCGAAAUCAUCUUCUUACUUCCCUACGGCCUCGUCUGAUCAAGAUUUGUUGUCAUACAUUACAUCUUUUAUCACUACAGACUCUGAAGGUAUCACCAACACAUACUCAGGGUUGGUAAUUAUCACAACUGACUCGGUUGGUUCAAUUUUCACUUCAAGUUCACAAUUUCCGAGACUCUUAGCAGCGGAAGCGUACACAGUAUUCUGGACUUCAACUGCUCUGGAUGGAUUAAUUCAAACAAUGUCUGGGAAAGUCGUUAUAAGUACUGACUCAAUAGGCUCCUGGUAUACUUCUACAACCAAAUUUGCGAUGAUUCCUAAUGCUAGCACUUCAAGUAGUAACAGCAUCAUAACGGAGACCAUCUCCUCUGAGGAAUCGGACCUACGCAGUUCAAUGUCAGAGAUAUCGUUUGAUUCGACAAUUUCUGCCAAAGCUAGUGUCGUUUCUGAAUAUCCACUGAUAUCAACUAUGGUAUCACCCGAACCCACGAAGUUUUCUUCAGAUACUUCGUAUCGCUCGGACAGGCCUGAUUCAUCGAGUCUUCUGAGCUUCAAAAUCUCACUUUCAAAGUCUAUUAAUAUUUUUGAAUCUUCUACGUGCUUGUCUUCUAGUAAAAUAGUUGACAGCAGUACAAUGAUCUAUUGGAAUAACAGCUCGGUGUUGGCAUUGACAAGCUCUUCUAAACCGACUUCAUUGAGCAAGGAGAUUGUCGUCUGUCGCAAAGAUGGAGCUGAUUGUUCAACCUCACGAUCGAUUACUGAUCCCAGUUCGGAAUCAUUAUCUUUGGCUACCACCGGGAGUGAAAUCUCACGUUAUUUAAUAAGAAGCUGGGAAUCUAAAUCGCAAACGAGCGAGAAAACACAGACUUUGUUAAGGAAUACAAUAACAGGUGGUUUUAAUGAAAACAAUGGUGAGAAAUCUACACUUACAUAUCCAUCAACUGUGGAAACUUUGCUGAGAAAUUUCAGGACGGAGAAAUACAAAACUGAUAAUUCAGCAAGUAAUCAAUAUUUCACCUCCUGUACCACAAUGAUUGAUGUACUUACGAGCACGAGUAGUGGUGAGAUUGUUCCUGCAACUCAUUCUGAUGGAACGAUUAUUACCACCAGAGUUCCAAAACCUGGCUUCGAUGCAGACGUAACUUAUAACACAACAGACGAAAGAGGAUUGACUAGCAUGGUAAGUGAAGUCAAGCAAUUCAAUGCCACUAUAGCAGAGAAUGUCUACACUUCAUCAGUUCAAAUCUCAAAAGCAUCUUCAAUUUCAACAACUCAAGUGGUCUCUACGAGGAAUACCGAGGACGUUAAAUUGAUAUGUAGUUCAACUACAUCGAAGCAAGAAGAGCAUACUUCAACUAACGCAAAGGUUUCUUCAAAUUUGGCAAAGAUUAAUUCGACGGGCACAACAUUGUUAUCCAGUUAUAAGACUAUUAAAAGUUAUAGUUUGGCAUUAGCCGAAACACAAAAUGCCGUGGUUCAUGGAUGGGCAUCCAAACAAGAAAUCCAUCUAGGAGUUGCUAUAGGGAUUUUCCUCUUUUCUUUAAUUCAGUAA